AGGGAGGAAAGUACAGCUCUCGCGACCAGCCUCUCCUUCCAACGUCACAUUGUGCAAGAGACAAAACCCGGGCGCGCUGGAGCUCACACGCGCACGCACGGCAGACGCCCCGGUCGCCUCCUCUCUGUUCUCUGCGCGGUGGAGAAAGCCAGCUCAGCUUUGCUUUGCUGAGGACGUGAGCUCAGCCUGCUCCCAGCGUAGCUCAGAGCCAAGCUAGGAGGUGAACCCAGUCCGAGGACCACCUUCCUUCUCCGCUGCCUGCCUAGCCUGAGACAUCCCAUCUAUCCCAUCCCCCGCCCUGAACUCUGAUUUCUCCCUACCCCACCCCUUGGGGGUUUCACGCGGACAGCGCCCGGGAACCCAGGGCGUGUCAUCGGGUUUGGAAUCCACGUUUCAGCACUUCGGACAGCGCCCCGGGCUUUCAGGAUGGCGAGCCUGCAGCAGGGCGAGAAACAGCUGUUUGAGAAGUUCUGGAAAGGGACCUUCAAAGCGGUGGCCACUCCGCGUCCCGAGAGCAUCAUCGUUGCCAGUAUCACAGCCCGCAAGCCGCUGCCAAGGACAGAGCCCCAGAGCAGCCUCUUGGCGCCAGCCCAGGAUGGACCUUCAGAAAAACUGGGCCAACAUCUGGCCACCAAGGCCUUUGGUACCAACAGCUGGGGAAGAGACAAGGCCUGCAGGGAGCUGAGUCCUGCCAGAGCACACAGUGCCUCCCAAGACAGAGACCUGACACCACCACCUUCCUCCAGGGGGAAAAAGAAAAAGAAGAAAUCGACCAGGAAGAAGAGGAGGAGGUCCCCAUCCUACAGCCCAUCACCAGUCAAGAAGAAGAAGAAGAAAAGCUCCAAGAAGCAUAAGCGACACAGGUCUUUCUCAAAGAAAAGGAGACACAGCUCCUGUAGCCCUAAAAGCAAAAGACGGGAAGAGAAGAGGCACAAAAAGCAAUCUCGAAGCCGGAAGUCUCACAGACAUAGACAUCACAGAUGCCCCUCGAGGUCCCAGAGCUCAGAACUGCGCUCCUCCAGCUGCGAGAGCAGGCACCGAGGUCGGUCUCCUGAGGAGGGGCGGAAAUCCCGCCGAACACACUCCCGCCGCUGCUCUAAGAACCACUGCAAGGUCAGCCCAGAGACCCGGUCCAGCCACCUGCCCAGCCAGCCCCUCCAGAGGCUCGGCUUCCUGUCAGCCAGGGGUGUAAUCUCUGGGUCGGGGUCUGCAGCUGACCUCUUUAGCAAAUCAGCCAGCCCGUUCACCACCUCGCGAGGGCGCUCGCAGGAGUACGACUCAGGCAACGACACGUCCUCGCCGCCCUCCACGCAAACCAGCUCGGCCAGGUCUCGGGGCCAGGAGAAGGGGAGCCCCGGCGCGGAUCUGAGCAAGAGUCGGGACCUCAACUGUGGCAACACCUCCGAUUCAGGGAACUCCUUCACCACCUCCUCCCCCCAGAACAAGGGGGCUGUUCUGGAGAAUGUCUCUCCCACCUGCAGGAGCAGUGAGUCAAGAGGAUUUCAGUCUCCGUGUCUACAGUGUGCUGAGGUGAAGAAGUCUAGUUUGGUCCCAUCUACGGCCCGGAGCUCUCCCAUCAAAGAGUGCUCCCGUAGCUCCUCCUACACCAGCACUCGGUCCUCCAGUCCCUCUUCUAGGUCUCCGAACCCCAGAGCCUCCCCCAGGUACACCCGGAGCCGGUCCACCUCCUCUGAAAAAAGGUCCUACUCGCGCUCUCCCAGCUAUUCUUCCAAGUCUGGCAAGAGGAGCCCACCUAGCAGAAGCUCCAGGUCUCGUCGUAGUCCCAGCUACUCCCGCUACAGCCCCAGCAGGGAAAGGGACCCCAAGUAUGGUGAGAAGGAGCCACAGCCCCGAGAGCGUGUGCGCAGGAGGCGAAGGUCCUACUCACCCAUGAGGAAGCGCAGGAGAGACUCCCCAAGCCACCUGGAAGCCCGGAGGAUAACCAGUGCACGCAAACGCCCCAUCCCCUACUACCGACCCAGCCCCUCCUCCUCCAGCAGCCUCAGCAGCGCCUCCUCCUGGUACAGCAGCAGCAGCAGCCGGUCCGCCAGCCGCAGUUACUCUAGGAGUCGGAGCUCCAGUAGGAGCCGCAGCCGGAGCCAGACCCGGACCAGCCGCAGCUCCAGCUCCCGUAGCCUCAGCCUGGGUUCCAGGAGCCGCAGUCGGAGUCGGAGCCGGAGCCUGAGCUACAGCUCUGCCGAAAGCUAUGCCAGCACAAGGCGCUAAGUAAAGGCCCUCCCUCGAGCCAUUGGUCCACCGGGAGGACCCCUCUGUACUCUGCCAGUCUCCUUUACUACCUGACCUUCACACCAUCUCCCUGGUGACUGAUACGGAAGGCUCCUGGCUCCUGUCUUCCAUGCUUUCCUGGGAAGGUGGGACGGGAUACAGGGACUUCUAUUCCUUUGCCAAGCUGCUAAGAGCAUCUCUACCAGCACCAUCCUGGGGCUCACCUGGGCGGAUGGAGAGGGCCCCCUGUGGAAAGCUAUGAUCCAUGACUCAAAAGUUUGGGCUUGGCCAAGACAUGCUAAUGUUAAUGGAAGGUUAGAAGUAGGCUCUCUGGUUAUAAGUAGAGCAGCAAAGAGUCAGGUCAUCCACCCUCCUAGUAUGUCAGUAUGGUCAGGAAGGGAGCCCGACCGGUUCCAGCUUUGUGGAGGUCCUUACACAGGGCCCUGUGACCCCACAGAGAUAGGAGACAGUUAUACAGUCAGCAUACCUUGGUCUACAGGCCUACUUCCCAAAUUUGCCUCAUCCCCAGUUAGCUGGCACCAAUUUGAUUCCACGGGACCAUCUGCAGAGCAUUCCCAGUGCUGUGGCUAGCAGCCAGCCCCCAGCGCCAGCCAGUCUGCCCUUGCCCUCCACUUGGCGCCUGCCAGCCCCCCCUCCACACUGCCCAGACUGCCACACCCUGGAUUCUACCCAGGGCAGCCUGGCACCUGCUGUCCCACAUGAAGACCAUUUUCCUUGCCUCUCAGGAAUUUUGCCAAGACGGGACACUGUAUGUAGCUCACUGUUGGUGGGCGGAGGGAGUCAAAUCCACUGCGCCUGUGACAGAGGGACUUGAGGGGGGUCCCUGUCUCCAGCUCCUGCUAGCUGCUGAGUUUGCUGUCAGCUUAGGGAAAUACCCUUAUUCUACCUUCCUCCUGGCCAGGGCUGGCUAGCAAGAAUAAGCUGCCCUCUGACACACAAAUGCCAUGAGGUGCUUUCUCUGCAGAAAAUACUGGGAGCAUGCAGGUGAGAGAGACAGUCCUUAAACCCUUGGGCAUCCCCCUCACCAGCUGCCUGGCUUUCCAGAGCCUUCUGGGUGUCAAUUUUGUGGUGACAACAGCUGAGCAGGCCAGGGCACAUGGAGAAGAAGGUUCUUUCCCAGCUGUGAACAGUGAAGCCCCAUGGGUGCAAGGUCAGACGUUAUUUAUCCCUCAUGCUCCAAGAUAAACAUUUGAGGAGGAGGAAUUCCCAUCUUAAAAGCAGUGGUCUCAUGCCAUGCCAAUCUUUCCCAAUCUAUCGUGGUACCUGGGCAGUCCAGGGAGCACCAGGGACAUCCUUCAUCUAUUAGGAGAGGAGGGAUGUCAGUGGCCACACUGGCCUUCCCACCAUGGCUUCUGGCCCACCUCGAAACUCCACCCACCAUGACCCAUAGAUGCCUAGGCUGGCACCACGAAAGGCUGGAUGGCAGGUGUCUGGCACAGGAGUAGGUGCCCUGGGAGGGCAUGUACAGCAACUGUAAAUAACCCUCAUUCCCGCCCAGGAUGCCAACCGAGCCUCAUCUUUUUCAUGGAGACAAAGGCUUCCAGGAGCAACCAAAGCUCCUCAGCAG